AUGCUUCCGGUCAAAUGGAUGCCUCCCGAAGCCUUCUUAGACGGCAUAUUCACAUCAAAAACAGACGUUUGGUCUUUUGGUGUGUUAUUAUGGGAGGUGUUCUCAAUGGGAUAUAUGCCAUAUCCCGGUCGGGGUAACCAAGAAGUCAUGCAAAUGGUGACAGCGGGCGGCAGACUGGAGGCGCCCAACCCUUCAACACCCCCUCAAGUAUACGCUAUAAUGACUCAGUGCUGGAGUCCUGCGCCCGACGGACGGCCCUCUUUUGCUACAAUCAUCGAAAGACUGGGCUAUUGUCUGCAAGACCCCGAUGUCCUCAAUGUUAAACUCCCAAUCUUUCAAAGGGCGCCUUCAAUGGAAAGAGAUAUGACCUUGAUGCGUCCACCGCCAGAUGCGACCGAUUAUUUGGUGCCAAACAAUGUCUGCUCGAACUCUAACUCCAAUUAUAGUAUGAGUACUGAGAAGACGGAACUCCUGUCUCCGGAC